UGGCAGCACCUCAUAUGAAGCCCACUGACGUUCAAUGCAUGUCGACCGUGUUGACAGAAAUACAACAAAGAGACGAGCUGCUUAUAGCGACAUGAUACAUACUACGUUGAUUACCAAUUAAUUUACCUCACAUAUAUGGCAGCAUAGGAUACUGACAUUGGUAAAGGUGGCACAGCUGUGGGCACAACUGGAUGUCAGCACAGAGGAAAGGACAAACACAAGAUCUCCACCUAACUUAUUAUUUAAAGAACUGACUUGUAUUCAGCCCUGUUGGACAUUUAAACUGCAGUCACCCUGAAGUGUUCUUUUGUCUAUUAAUGUGCUGGAGUGAAUCCUACCUACCAGACAAAUGUAUAAUUUAAACGAAUGAUCUCUGUGAUCAGGACAUUUGAGAGUUAAACUGCAUUUGAAGAAGAAAAGGUGAGAACUGGCAUCCAGAAGGCUACAAAGCUCCGUUUGCAUACUGUAAAUGUUGCAGAAGUGUAGAAACGAAAAGAAAGUUCUGGUCUAGGUCUUUCUGUAGUUCACAUUGCCUUAGCAGACUAGUUCUUUAUUACACCCGUCCAGGUAUAAUUUUCUAUACUUUGUGCAGGUUUGCAAUAUUUUUACACUUAAAUAUUUAUUUCUCUUCUUUUAGAAGAGACCUUGUAAUAUAUAUUGUGUGGCAGCAUUGCUCUUAGUUAUAGAGGCUAAGCUGUAUGUAGAAUUUGUUAAUAUCUCAUAAGAUUCUUUAGUGACACUUUUUUUAUUGAGACCUUGUGGACACUGAAUGGUUUACUAGAUCUUAUUAGACCAUAGGCAGGCGUUAAAAAAGUGAAAAAGAAGUGGAAAAACUUCAGAAACUUAAAAAAUGGCAACAAAGAUGGAGAACACUGGCCCGGCUGUCAUGGGAUUGAAUACACACAACAGGCAGCUUUUAGGACAGCCUAAAGCCCCCUCUCAAUUAGGACCCCAAACUGUGAGUGCUCAGCCUGGAAAGGAGCCCAUGGUGACCCAGAAACCAGCCAAUGCAUCUCAGGAAAGACCUGGUAUCAGGUUUGGUGAUGACUGGAAAAAAAGCCUACAGCUCCCCGCUAAGGACGGUAGAGUCAAAACUUCUGAUGUGACUGCAACCAAAGGGAAUGAGUUUGAGGACUACUGUCUAAAAAGAGAGCUGCUGAUGGGCAUUUUUGAGAUGGGCUGGGAAAAGCCCUCCCCGAUUCAGGAGGAGAGCAUUCCUAUUGCCCUUUCUGGGCGCGAUAUACUGGCUCGUGCCAAAAACGGGACCGGAAAGAGUGGUGCAUACCUGAUCCCCCUUCUGGAGAGAAUUGACAUAAAAAAGGAUCAUAUCCAAGCCGUUGUGAUAGUUCCCACUCGUGAACUGGCUCUGCAGGUCAGUCAGAUCAGUAUUCAGAUCAGCAAGCACCUGGGUGGUGUCAAGGUCAUGGCAACCACAGGUGGGACCAACCUACGAGAUGAUAUCAUGCGCCUGGAUGAGGAGGUUCAUGUUGUUAUAGCAACACCUGGCAGAAUUUUGGACUUGAUAAAAAAGGGCAUAGCCAAGGUGGAUAAAGUGCAUAUGAUGGUUAUGGAUGAGGCUGAUAAGCUGCUCUCUCAGGACUUUGUGGUUAUUAUUGAGGACAUCAUUGCUUUCCUUUCAAAGAACAGACAGAUUCUGCUCUAUUCAGCCACAUUCCCCAUCAGCGUACAGAAGUUUAUGGCAAAGCACCUGCAGAAGCCCUAUGAGAUUAAUCUGAUGGAGGAACUGACCCUGAAAGGCAUUACUCAGUACUAUGCUUAUGUCACAGAAAGACAGAAAGUCCACUGCCUUAACACACUGUUCUCCAGGUUGCAGAUAAAUCAGUCCAUUAUCUUUUGUAACUCUACUCAGCGAGUGGAGCUUUUGGCCAAGAAGAUCACGCAGCUGGGCUACUCCUGCUUCUACAUUCAUGCGAAGAUGAUGCAGGAAUACAGAAACCGUGUUUUUCACGACUUCAGAAACGGGCUCUGCAGGAACCUUGUUUGCACAGAUUUAUUCACUAGAGGCAUCGAUAUCCAGGCAGUAAAUGUGGUCAUCAACUUUGACUUUCCCAGGAAUGCAGAAACAUACCUGCAUCGCAUCGGACGCUCAGGCAGGUUUGGACAUCUGGGUUUGGCAAUCAAUCUCAUUUCCGCUGAGGAUCGCUUUAACCUGAAGACCACUGAGGACCAGCUGAUGACGGACAUAAAGCCCAUUCCUGGCAGCAUUGAUAAGAGCCUGUAUGUGGCAGAGUUUCACUCUGUGAACCCUGAAUGUGAGGCAGAGGCACCUCAGCCCGGCGAAGAGUCUGAAGCUCAGUAGGAAGCCCCAUUAGACAGCAGGGCAGUUGGAGAAACUGAACCAGACUUUUGCAUCUGCUUUUGCACAAACCAGUAACUUUUCUGCUCAUAACUUUCCUCAUCUUUUCCACCUCCACAGUAUUUUUCAUUUUUAGUUGCUGUCAGUGUUUUGCUCUCUUUUUUUGCGUUCAUUGUUCAUUUUUGGGGUGGUUAUACCCUCUUCAUAAAUAACCAUACACAUUCCAGUUGAGACAUGCAAGAAUAAAAACAAAACCUUUAGAGAAAAGUUCCUGUUUGAUAGAAAACAAUAAACAAAGGUAAUGGUGAAAAUAGAGCGUAGAGUACUUGCAUCAUUAGUUGAGAAUUUACACAAACCCUUGAACAAAACCUGUUGUGAACACAAGUGCCUUAAUAUAUAUCGUCUCUGUCUUAGAUUAAUAUGUUAUUGCUGUGUUAAAGUAUGCCCAAAGACUAAACACAGGAUUUUGCAGCAUAUUGGUGCUACUGGGUACUUUGAAAGAAUUAUUGGUAUAGAUUUAUUGAUGAGAAGCAUUUUCAAAUUCUCUUCAUAUUCCGUCUGAGGCAGCUAGAGAAACCAGCAUCCAUGGAAAUAUUGCAGAGCUCAGGAUUCAGGUGUCAACAUGAACCAUUGCACUAAACUGCCUGAGAAAAAAAAACUUGCAUUAAUAUUGGUGCUUUUUGUAGUUUCAUUAGUAGUCACAGACAAAUGUAAAUUUGGAAUUCAUAAAGAAAUAUAGGUGUAAAUUAUGUAAAUUUUUUCAAACAGACUAAAUUUGUGCAAUUUGUUUGUAUCUUGUGAUGUUUUUAUAUAUAUAUAUAUAUAUAUAUAUAAUUCUUAAAACAUUAUAUUAGACAUUACUAACUUAAACAGGCAUGGCGAAACUGGCAUAAUGUGAAAGAUGUCAGACUACUACAUGAAAGCUGAUUUAAAAAUUCACCACAAUGCAGUCAUUAUACAUUAGCAGAUCCUCACAUAUGUAUGUAUAACUAUGUUAAAUGGUUUGUCAAAAGAGUCUGUUUGGUUUCUUUUUUUUCUCUUCAUUUAAAGGUGUAAGUAAAGGUGAGGAGGUGUUUUUUUCCCUCAAAAAUAGCAUAUUUUACAGUUUACAUUUCUUUCGAAAUUAAUGAAUGUAUAAAGUUGGUAAUGAACGGACUUUAUUACAUUAUUUCCAGCUAUGUGUGUAUAUAUAUGUGUGUGUAUAACUUUGGCAGAAAGGAGGGGGAAAACAUUUGUUUUUAUUCCCUUUUGGAUGUUUGCAAGAGGCUUUUCAUAACCUCAUGUUGCAUUUAUGAGAUAUUUUGAUUAUUUCAUACAGCAGAAUUGUAGCAUCUUCUCAGUGGCAGCUGUGAUUUUUUUUUUUUCUUCAAAAGAUGUUCUAAUGUGGGGAAUGGUUUUUUUAUUUUUUUGGCUAUGCAGGGAUAUGUGGCAUGUAGCUCAAAGCUUUAGUGUAGAAAGCUCAGUUUGCAUGUUUCUUUAGCUAUUAAAACAGCACAGUUCAGGCCAAUAUGCAAUGUGCAGUUAAAUUAGGAAACCGUGAGCCAGAUUGCACAUUUCUGCUGAUGAUGCUGUGCUACUCAAAAGAUUUGUGUUUGUGUAAGACUAUUAGCAUAUUUCAAAAUCAUAUUUCAGUGGACAAACUUUAAUUCUUUGUCCAUUCUGUCAUGCAGUGAUGAGCUGUGAAUUUUUCCUUAUGUUUUAUAUGGUUUAUUACAGUUAAUGGACGUGAGGAGCAGAUGUUAUGGGGACAGUUGUUUCAUGUAAAUUUUGUAUAGGAUUCCUGGAGAGAAAAAAUUGAUGUGUGAUACCCUGUUUGUAAUUGAUGCAAGAAUGGUUUAAUGCUCAUGACUGUGUGUGACUUUGUGAGUGAUUUAUGUUUUGUUUCAAUUGUUUAUUUCUUUUGAAUAUAGCUCGAGGUUAUAGUAUGUAUUACAGUAUAACUUGAAAUAGAAUGAAUGUGCCAUCUGUCCCAAACUUCAAUACAUUCAUAUGAGAGAUAACAGUAAGGUUUUUCUUUGUGAAUGUGGAAGUGUCUAUAU